UGUUCUGUAAUCCGUAUUUUAAUCGUGUACCGUGUGACGGUCAUCUGAACAUCACUGAACAUAUGUAAACAGUGUCAUGUAAACAACGAGCAUUUAUUUAUUAUGAUCGGAAGCGCGCUAGAAUUUAACAUUCAAAAUUUUUAGAAGUUUUUCAAGAAAUGACUGCAAGUUACACAAAGUUGGCUUCUAAUAAGCUCAUAGGCAACAAAUUCAACAUCGCGCGAUGGUCUUUUCAUGUACCGAAAGGAGCAUUGCAGCCGGAAGUGCAUUUACCGGUAAAUAGCGGUGCUGAUGAGAAAGUGCUCCUGGAUUCCAUCGCCGGCAACUAUAAGGAACACAUCAAGGACGUUUAUUCGCAAGGCGAAGGCAAACGGAAAAGGCUGGUUAUGCGAUUGUGUCGGAACCAGUUUAUGGAAAAUGUUUUGAACGACUUCUCCAUCCAAAGACGGAUUCAGGAGGAAACACCAAAGACGUUAAUUGAAUUUAGUUCCCCGAAUAUUGCCAAACCGUUCCAUGCGGGUCACCUGCGGUCGGCUAUUAUCGGAAACUUCCUAGCAAACAUCUACCACCAUCUGGGACACGACGUGGUAAAACUGAAUUACCUUGGAGAUUGGGGAACGCAAUUUGGCUUCCUCAAGAUGGGCGUUGAACUGAAAGGCCUCUCACGGGAAGACAUUCGGAAAAAUCCCAUCAAAAUGCUAUACAAAGCAUAUGUCUACGCUUAUACCCAGGCAUCGACUAACGAGGAACUUCAGUCGAGAGCAAGAACCAUAUUCUCCGACAUGGAACAGGGAAAGCUGAAGGAUUUGGACGGUUGGACCGAUUACCGUUCGUAUACCGUGGAUGAGCUCCGGAAAGUUUACGACCGCUUGGGCAUUACGUUCGACCAAUAUCACUGGGAGUCACAGUACGGUAUCGGUGAUAUUGCCCAUGUGGUGUCGCGUUUGCAGGAAAAUGGAUUGUUGAUCACGCAGGACGAUGGCAGGAAAGUCGUUAAGGUCGGACCGCGUAACAUACCAAUAGUAAAAAGCGACGGAUCCACACUAUAUCUUACGCGUGACAUCGCCGCAUUGAUUGAUCGGCAUCAGCGUUUCACGUUCGAUAAGGCCAUAUACGUGGUGGAUAAUGCACAGAGUGAUCACUUUGCAGCUCUCGCAUCGAUUGCGCAGCAGAUGGGUCUUCCCUACGCCUCCGACAUAGUUCAUGUGAAGUUCGGACGAGUCCACGGCAUGAGUACCAGGAAAGGCAAUGCGGUAUUUCUCUCGGAUAUUCUGGACGAAGCAGAGGCUCUCAUGAGGCACAAGCAAGUCAAAAAAUCAAACCUACAUUCCCUAUUGGAGGACAGAACAGCUACCAAAGUGGAUGUCAUCAACAACCCGGAAGUUACUUCAACUCUUGGUACGACGGCUGUAGUGGUGAAUGACCUGAAGCAACGCCGGAUGCGAGACUACGAUUUCAGCUGGGACAAAGCUCUGCAAACUGACGGUGAUUGUGGUAUCAAGCUCCAGUACACACAUUGUCGCCUGUGGAGCUUGGUCAAAAAUGCCGACGAAUGUUGUCCAGAUAAUGAACAGUGCCAGCCCAAAUUGCUACCAGAACCGGAAGCUCUGCAUCUGAUUUGUGAAAUUGCAAACUAUGACGGUAUACUGACGGAAGCAGCCGAUAAGCAAGAAGCGUGCAUACUCGUGAACUAUCUGUUCGGUUUAUGUAAUGCCGCUAAUCGAUGCGUCCAAACGAUGAACGUUAAAAAUGAACUCUCCAAAGAAAAAAGAAUACAGCGACUAAAGCUAUUCAACACGGCUCGUAGUGUCCUUCAGCAUGGAAUGCAAAUUCUUGGUUUAAAACCUUUACUGGAAAUGUGAUUGUUCUAAUAAAAUGUAUGCAAAUAA